UAAAAGGAAUAGGUAUUACUAAUUUUUUCCCUAUCAUCUUAUUUCUCUCCUUCUCUUUUCUUUUUAUUUUUCAAUUUUCCCCCAACUUAUAUUCUCUUUCCUCACCAAACCCAUUUCACAAAUUCCCCCAUAUAAAACCCCUCUAGCCUCCUCUACCUUCAUCAUCCAAAAUCUCAAUCCCAAACCCCAUUUUCCCCUCUCUCUCUCUCUCUCUAUUUCUCUAGUUUCUUCACCACAAGUGAAAAAGAAAAGAAAACCAAAAACCAAAUGGGAGUUUCCCAAGAAACCCUUUUGCAAAUUCAACUCAACAUGGAGGAUCAUCAAACAACACAAGAUCGUAUCAUCGACAUCAAAGAGAUCAGGAACAACAACUCAAAUGAUCAAUCCACGUGGAAGAAAAAUUCAAUGAAAGAAGAAGAAGUUCAAGAAAUUAAUAGCAAAGGCAAAGACGACAAAAGCACUUGUAAUAUUAAUACAAGAAGAACAACAAGAAGAAGAUCAAGAAGCAAUUCAUUGAUAUUGAAGAAGAGAUCAAGAAGAUCAUCAUCAUCAUCAUCAAGUAGAAUAGAGCAAAGGGUCAACACUUUGAGAAGCCUUGUACCAAACAAUGACAACCACAACCACGACGACCAGGAUGAAAGCUGUGUCGGAUCAUUAGAACAGCUUUUCACUCAAACAGCUGAUUACAUACUGUCAUUACAAACAAGAGUCAGAUUGAUGAAGACUUUGGUUGAUGUCUUGUCUGAUCCUUCUUCUUCUAUUGAUGAGUGAGAGAAUUUGAAAGGGAAAAAAAAAGUUUCAUUUUAUUUUUUGUUUUCAUAUAUAUAUUUGUGUUUAAUUUGUGUAAAACUUAUAUCAUUAUCUCUCUUCUGUAAAGAUUGAUAUAUGUGAUUUUAUAUAUAUCAUUCUUUUGCUUUUCUUUUCUUUUUUUGGUUCUUUUUCUCUUACCUUUUGCUUUAUUGAUCAUUUGUCUUUGAAAUGUCUCUGUAGUUUUAGAGAGAGAGAUUUAACUUUGAUUUUUUCUUCUUCUUUUGCUGUGUGGAAAAGAUUUGACUUUUGUUUAUAAGAAGUUAUUUAGGGAUAUUGGGGUUAGCUAAUUUAAGAAUUUCUACUGUUUUUUUC